AAGAGCACAGUGAGAGAGGUAGAAGGGCAAGGAGAGGAGAGGAGAGGAGCAGAAUGCUUAGAUGGUGAAGGUGCUGGUGCCGCAACUGGAGCGACAGAGCGCGAGAGAGUAGAAGGUUGCGUAGCCAUUCAGUAGAGCGAGCGAGCGCUUCCCGAUCGGAGGAGAUCGGCAGGCCCAUCUCGGUCGAGCCCACGUUUAGGCUCCCGAAUAGUCGGACCCACGGUGGGACCGAGUAGUCUACGGCAUUCCCUUGUGUAGACUUUUUGGCGCUCAAGGGGGUGGGGAGGUGUAGGGGCGGUAGUGGGCUUCAGCGUAUAGGCCCUGGCAACUUUGCGUACUAGUUGCUUACUAGACCGACCAUCGUAGACUGCGACCUGGCACUCUUAGCUCUGUAAUCUGCGCUAGUGAAUGGUAUUGGUACUGUCUGCUGGGGCUACACUAUUGUAUAUGCAAUAGUGCUUGUGCGUGUUCAGGCGCAUGCAGUGGUGGUGCUCUGCAGUUGCGUGGGUGAUAUUUGGGUUCACGCUGAUAGGGGAGAGACGUAGAAGGGUUGGGCUUGUCGCAAUUUGUCAAUUGAUUGCGUCGGAAAAGGGUUUCUCCGUUGAUCGUAACGGUGGGUGAAAGUGAAACGCUUCCGGGAGUGAAGCUGCGUGGGUUUGGUACUUGUUCUCCCCUGUUCCUAGAGGCAGUCCUUGUUCGCGGCCGAGUCGGGGUUCGGCGGUUUGAGAACGGAGCACAUUUUGUGAGUUGAUUGAUCGCUUGUCCUGGAGAAGUCGUGAGGUGGGAAGAUGAUGUGGUAGAUGCGGUGCUGCUGCUUGUGAUCCGACUCAGUGACCUAGCUUCUGGAAGUUGUGAAGUUGGGAAGGCUGAUGUGGGGACAUGAGCACUGAAUGGGCAACACAUGUGUAGGGGCAGCUAGCAAGGCCGGCUUCUUCGAGUUCCCUCAGGAACGAGGCUCGCCCAGUCCCUCGGUCACGCCGAAGGGCACGCAGCCAGAGGAGCCGGCAGCGAAACCCAACAACCCCUCGCCAGAGGAGCGGAGGAAAUCCGGGGCGGGCGUUGAGCAGGAGGCGAGAGCAGAGCUUAAGCCCCAGCUGAGCCUGACGAUUCAGGCGCCCGCCGUGAUCCGGAUCGCACCCACAGUGUACCCAUCCGCAGCGAACAGGAGGCAGGAGAACUGCGUGGUGCCAGCCAUGAGGAGAGCAGGGCUGAACCUGAUCCCGGGGCUGAGCUUCACGCACUCGGUGCUGCAGCGGCAGACCGAGAAUCUGAAGGACCUGUACAGGCUGGGGCGGAAGCUCGGGCAGGGGCAGUUCGGGACGACGUACCUGUGCGUGGAGAAGGCGACGGGGAGGGAGUAUGCGUGCAAGUCGAUUGCGAAGCGAAAGCUGAUCUCGCAGGAGGAUGUGGACGACGUGCGGCGGGAGCUGCACAUCAUGCACCAUUUAUCGGGGCACCCGAACAUCGUGACGAUCAAGGGCGCGUACGAGGAUCAGAUGGCGGUGCACCUAGUGAUGGAGCUGUGCGCGGGGGGGGAACUGUUCGACCGGAUCAUCCAGCGAGGGCACUACUCGGAGGCUCAAGCGGCGGAGCUGUGCCGCGUGAUCGUGGGAGUCGUUGAGACGUGCCAUUCGCUGGGCGUGAUGCACAGGGACCUGAAGCCGGAGAAUUUCUUGCUAUCGGACCAGAGCGAAGGCGCGGCGCUGAAAACGACGGACUUCGGUCUAUCGGUAUUCUUCAAGCCUGGCGAGGUGUUCACGGACGUGGUGGGGAGCCCGUACUACGUGGCGCCGGAGGUGCUGAGGAAGCACUACGGACCGGAGGCGGACGUGUGGAGCGCGGGGGUGAUACUGUACAUUCUACUGAGCGGAGUGCCACCGUUCUGGGCGGAGACGGAGCAGGGGAUAUUCGAGCAGGUAUUGAAGGGCGAGCUGGAUUUUGUGUCGGAGCCGUGGCCGUCUAUAUCGGACAGCGCGAAGGACUUGAUCCGGAGGAUGCUGGACCCGAACGCGAAGCGUCGCCUGAAAGCGCAUCAGGUGCUGAGCCACCCGUGGAUUGGCGAGGAGGGUGUGGCUCCGGACAGGCCAAUGGAUCCCGCGGUUCAAUCGCGGCUGAAGCAGUUUUCGGCGAUGAACAAGCUGAAGAAGGUGGCGAUCCGGGUGAUCGCGGAGCUUUUGUCGGAGGAGGAGAUCGCCGGGCUGCGGGAGAUGUUCAAGAUGAUCGACACGGACCACUCGGGCACCAUCACGUUCGAGGAGCUGAAGAGCGGGCUGGAGAGAGUGGGGUCGAACCUGGUAGAGUCGGAGAUCCGGCAGCUGAUGGACGCUGCGGACGUGGACCAGAACGGGACGAUCGACUACGGGGAGUUUCUGGCGGCCACUCUGCACCUGAACAAGAUCGAGCGGGAGGAGAACUUGUUUGCGGCGUUUUCGUGGCUGGACAAGGACAACAGCGGGUAUCUGACGGUGGACGAGCUGCAGCAGGCUUGCAGCAAGUACAACAUGGGGGAGACGUCGAUCGAGGAUCUGAUCCGGGAGGUGGAUCAGGACAACGACGGGCGGAUCGACUACAACGAGUUCGUGAUGAUGAUGCGGAAAGGGAACGGUGCAGUGGGUCGGACGACGCUGCGGAACAGCCUGAGCCUUUCGGACGCACUGAUGAACCCACAGUGAGGAGCGGAGGGUGUGGGACGCGAGAUGCCGAGUCAAGUGGACCAGUACUGCAUGGUGGGCGAUGUAUUCCCCUAAGCUUCCAGGAGGCACGCAGCAGGAGCAACAGCAGAGGAAGCGGGAGCCUUGUGCUGGUUGGCCAUGCGUGUGUGGAAGAGAGGACGUUGCGAUGGAUGGUUGUGAAGAGGCUGAGACGAUGGCAAGGUGUGUGGGCUGUCGGGCAACGACGGGAAGGCCGCAGACUGGUAAUGUACAUGAGAUAGUGAUGCGAGUAGUGAGUAGCGACAGAGCAGCGAUUUUGCUGAGAGUAGAGGUGGAUCUAUGGGUGGAUAGGGACGGUCAAGCGGCGAGUGGCUGUUUCUGUUUUGCCUGCUGGGCCGCCGAUCGGUCCUGUUUCUGUAAACGCGUGCCGGUGACUGGCGAUUUUCGAUAUGAUUGCUUUGAACAUUAUCGAACCUUUAUUUUCCGGUUUUACUACCA